AAGAAUGUUCAGUACAUGGACCAUUGUUAAUCAUCAAAGAAAAUUCAGUCAAAUCUCUCUCUAUCUCUAUCUCUAUCUUCUCUCUCUAGAAUGUGUAUGCCUCCCACCACCUUCUCUCUCUCUCUAGCACUUUGAAAAGUUUGAAACCUCUCACAAAAACAGGCAGCCCUCCAUUAGCAGAGAGCCAGCCUCUGUCUGCUCCAUCAGGUAUUCAGGUGCAGUUUCUCUCUCUAAAAAUGGGAGGCAAGUGAGGAAGAAGAAGAAGAAGCAGCAACACGGCCUUCAAUUCAUCCAAUUGUGUCCAGAGAAGAAAAAAAAAAUCUGAAUUUGGGCUCUCCAAGAAAUGGAGCAGUAUGAGGUGCUUGAGCAAAUUGGCAAGGGGUCAUUUGGCUCAGCACUCCUGGUGAGACACAGAGUUGAGAAGAAGAGGUAUGUCUUGAAGAAGAUCAGACUUGCCCGUCAGACCGACAGAUGCCGCCGAUCAGCACACCAAGAGAUGGAGCUAAUUGCAAAAGUAAGGAACCCUUACAUUGUGGAAUACAAAGAUUCAUGGGUGGAGAAGGGUUGUUAUGUGUGCAUUGUGAUUGGCUACUGUGAGGGAGGAGACAUGUCAGAGGCCAUUAAGAAGGCCAACAAUAACCAUUUCUCAGAAGAGAGACUUUGUGUGUGGCUUGUGCAGCUCCUGAUGGCACUUGAUUACUUGCAUGUCAAUCAUAUCCUUCAUCGUGAUGUGAAGUGCUCAAAUAUAUUUCUGACAAAGGAUCAAAACAUACGGCUUGGUGAUUUUGGGCUGGCCAAAGUAUUGACUUCUGACGAUUUAGCUUCAUCAGUUGUGGGUACUCCCAGUUACAUGUGCCCUGAACUUCUUGCUGAUAUUCCAUAUGGUUCCAAGUCUGACAUAUGGUCACUAGGCUGUUGCCUCUAUGAGAUGACUUCUUUGAAGCCUGCAUUUAAAGCAUUUGAUAUGCAGACACUGAUAAACAAGAUAAGCAAGUCGGUUCUCGCUCCUCUACCUACUAUAUACUCUGGUGCAUUUAGGGGGCUCAUCAAAAGCAUGCUGCGAAAAAGCCCAGAUCACAGACCAAGUGCUGCAGAACUGCUUAAGCACCCACACCUUCAACCCUUUGUACUGGAACUCCAAUUGAAGUCGAUUCCUGCUCGCAAUCUUUUCCCAGCUAAAUUUUCUAUCAACCGUGACACAAACAAGGCUGCAUUUUCUGACGAUGAAAACAAUUGGAAAUCUAAAUACAACAAUUGCCAUUCAUUUAAAGUGGAUAGGAUUGUAAAACUUGACAAAGUUACUGCUGACCAUGGCCAUCUUAGUUCUACUGGAACUGCAAAAGAUUACCAAGAAUUGCUAAAUCAACCAAUGGAUGAUUUGCCGGUUCAAUUUACCGAGAAAGUUGUCAAUGAAGUGACACAGGGAAAUAAUUCAAAAGUAACUAAAUCUCCAGCUCCUACUCCAAGAAGGGCGUCAUCGACUCCUAGAAGGCGACUAGAACCUUCAAAGACAUUUCAUGCUAGAGGAGCUCACAAGGAGACUCCAGCAUCCAAGCAUUCAAUUGAACGGGUGGGCCAAGCUACAAGACGAGCAUCACUCCCCCUGAACAUGUUGCAAACUCCUGAGAGACAUCAUGGUGCUGACAUUCUUACCAGACUGAAAUCACCUGAUGUUUCAGUUAACGCUCCUCGGAUCGACAGAAUUGCCGAAUUCCCAAUACCAUCCUUUGAUGAACCAUUGCAUCAUCCCACAACCAACUCAUCUCCACCAUCCAUCAUCGACCAAUCGAUCACCAAGGACAAGUGCACCUUCCAGGUUCUCCGAAGCGACAGCGAAAACUACUACACCGACACUUGUGAUCUCAGCCUUCUUGGCAUUGACAACCCACUGAUCAGAAGCUCAUCAGAAUGGAGGCAUCAGAAGAGGUUCGACACGACGUCGUAUCGGCAAAGAGCAGAGGCACUGGAAGGAUUGCUUGAGUUCAGUGCCCAGUUGCUGCAGCAGGAGAGGUUUGAGGAGCUGGGGAUCUUGCUGAAGCCCUUUGGGCCUGGGAAGGCGUCUCCAAGAGAGACAGCCAUAUGGUUGUCAAAGAGCUUCAAAGGAAGUACUGCCUUGUAACUUAGCCAGAGAGUCCUGCAACUGCAACCUGAACCUGCAAUAAUUAGCUUCAGGCUACCCUGUACAGUUUCAGUUUUGUGACAAUCUCCUCUCUAUUUUUCUUUUCUCCCUUUUUUUUGGGAUAAACUUGGAGUAUUUGUGAAAAAAAAACAUGCUGUUAACUUUAUUUAUGACAAUGGGAAAA